UUGUUUUUUUUUUGUUGUUUCUGCAACAAGUGUGUUGAUUCUUUCAUUUCUUUUCUUCUUUCACCCAUGAAAUUAUGCAAACGGUAUUAGUAUGAGUGUUGGUUACUACACCCAUGGGAGUUUGAGUGAGUCGGGUGUGAUCAGCGAUUGCGACGCCAUGGCAGAGCUGGCAGCAUUGCUGAGAUCGGAGAUUCCUGAUGGCAGGAACAAUCUGUCUGAUAAUCAUGUCAAUUUGGAGCGGGUGGCUGAGUAUUGUGAGGCCAACUAUUUCCAGUCGGAGGAUAAGAAAGUUGCUCUGGAGGAGACGAAGAAUUACACUACACAGUCGUUGGCCAGUGUGGCUUAUCAGAUAAACACUUUGGCGUACAACUUUCUGCAGCUGUUGGAGCUGCAGACUUCUCAGCUGGCCGAGAUGGAGAGUCAGAUGAAUCAUAUUAAUCAGACAGUGAUGAUACAUAAGGAGAAGGUGGCGCGUCGUGAGAUUGGAGUGUUGACUGCUAAUAAAUCUACGACUAGGCAAUAUAAGAUUAUUGCUCCGAGCAAUCCGGAGAAGCCUAUCAAGUAUGUGAGGAAGCCUAUUGAUUAUUUCGCAAAGGUGGAUUUUACAGUUUUGGAUGAUAUCGGACAUGGGGUGAGGAGCGCCAGCACGCCGCGUAUCCAGAAGCAGAGGGGAUCGAGUCAGGGCAGUAUCCAAUCAAUUGGUGGAAUGUCCACUAACUCUUCGAUGGUUGGUCCGGCUCCUACGACGAAGCCGCCCACUCCGCCUCAAGUCACGAGAACCGGAAGUAAAGUUUCUGUAUCUGGCGGUACUUUGAGCAAGGGUAGUCGCGAGUAUAGGACGCCUCCGGCUGUGGCCCCGCCCCAGGUGCCCAGUCAUUACGCCCCCAACUUCCCGAUUGGUCAUCCGAGACGCGGCGAACGCGGCGCCGGUUACAGCACGUUGCCAAUGACGCAACCGCAGCACCAAGUGAUGUCGCCGCCUCAAGUGGGUAUGGUGCAUCCAAUGAGCGUGCAGCAGCAGCCGCAUCCGCAAACUCCUCCUCCACCGCCGCCUCCGGGUAACACUGUGUACGCGGCGAACGAUCAUCACAUGAGCAUGCCGCCGCCCCCAUCUCCUUUAGUGAAUCAGGAGAUGCCCGUACCGAACACGAACAGCUUGAGACAUCAUUCUCUAAUGAUGCCGCAGCAUGGCCCUGUUCCGCACGGUAGUUUAGGCAUGCACACGCUGAGCCACGCCCAUCACGGUGGGCAGUCCCGAUCGUCGCGCGGAGGCGGAGCCCAAUCUCCACCGUUACCGCCGCCUCCACCGCCAGAAGAUGAACACGAAUCAUUCGGAAGACCUAGAACGUCAGGCGUGAUGCCAAUCGUUCCAGAUGAAGAGGAUCUUCCCGGUUGGGUCCCCAAAAACUACAUCGAAAAAGUUGUCGCAAUUUACGAUUACUACGCGGACAAAGACGACGAGUUAAGUUUCCAGGAGAGCUCCGUCAUCUACGUUUUGAAGAAGAACGACGACGGUUGGUGGGAGGGCGUUAUGGACGGCAUCACCGGCCUCUUUCCUGGCAACUACGUCGAACCGUGCGUCUGAUUGGAUUCAGACACGCACUAAACUAGCCCCAAAUUAUUUAACUAAUCCGCUUACGCUUUUUCCACCCCUAAUUGUUGUUAGUUUUUUUUCUCUAGUUCCGCCCUGCAUCCUCCCAGCUUCUUCCCCCAAAUUUUGAUAUAUUUGAAUAUUCGCACGAUCUUCGCUCGCUGCAUACAUACAGGAGAAGAAUAUGUGUAUUAUUAGUCAAGUGAGUUUUAAAUACCAGUAAUCAAAUCAAAUUGUCGGCAUUUGAAAGUCGAAUCUAACAAAUAGUAGUUAAUAUGCGUAUAUUAUAUAAUUAGUAUAAAGCGAAUUAGGAUAUAUUUAAUAUAUUUUUUACUUAUUAAUGUAACAUUAUUAGUUAAGCGUAAUCAAAAACGGUAAAAACUAGAA